UUGGCAUGCUCCAAGAUGGCGGCCCCCGUGGUGCGGCGCGGGAUUCUCCUGGCGCGGAAUGUGUUGCUGCCUCAGCUCUCUCUGGCAGGUAAAAGAUACCUACUUUCUGCAGCAUAUGUGGACAGCCGCAAAUGGGAAGCAAGAGAAAAAGAAGAUUGUCACCUGGCUGAUCUAGCAUCUUUGAUGGAUAAAACGUAUGAGAGAAAGCUGCCUGUUAGUUCUUUAACAAUAUCUCGGUUUGUGGACAACAUUUCGUCUCGAGAAGAGAUAGACCAUGCAGAGUAUUACCUUUACAAAUUUCGGCACAGUCCCAACUGCUGGUACUUGAGAAAUUGGACUAUCCACACCUGGAUUAGACAGUGUCUGAAAUACGGUGCACAAGACAAAGCCUUAUAUACCCUUGUAAAUAAGGUCCAAUAUGGUAUUUUUCCAGAUAACUAUACAUUUAACUUACUGAUGGAUCAUUUCAUAAAGAAAGAAAAUUACAAAGAUGCCUUAUCUGUGGUUUUUGAGAUCAUGAUGCAAGAAGCUUUCGAAGUUCCUUCCACCCAGCUCCUCUCCCUCUAUGUUCUAUACCAGUGCCUGGCAAAGAAGACAGACUUCAGUUGGGAAGAGGAGAGGAACUUCGGUGCCUCCCUGUUACUCCCAGGCCUGAAGCAGAAGAACUCAGUGGGGUUGAGUUCCCAGUUGUACGGCUAUGCACUUCUUGGGAAGGUGGAGUUGCAGCAGGGGCUGCGGGCUGUGUACCAUAACAUGCCCCUUCUGUGGCGGCCAGGCUACCUCGACAGAGCCCUUCAAGUGAUGGAGAAGGUGGCCUCCUCCCCAGAGGAUGGGAAGCUGUGUAGGGAAGCGCUGGGUGUGCUGGACAGGGCGCUGAAGGCUGUGACUGCUCCGGCCCAGGAGUCUCCAGAGGAGCAGCCCCAAGACGGCGAGGAGAGCCCGGCGUCAGAGGAGCUGACGGAGCAGCUGGACGUGGAGGAAACCGAGCGGUCCAAGCUUCCCCGAUACCUGGAACGGUAUGAGGCCUUACGUUCUAAGCUGCAGGCUCUGGGCAAAGUUGAGUCUGAAAGUCUUCUGACCCUGACCACCCAGCUUGUGAAGGAGCAGCUCCCCACCUGUGAAGCAGAGGAUAUCGCCACCUAUGAACAGAAGCUGCAGGAGUGGCAUCUGGAGCUGGUAAAUCUGAUUCAGAGAGAAAAGGAGAUGAGAGAGAAAGCCAGGCUCGAGCACGAGGCUCGAAGGGCAGCAAAGGCAGCCGCCUAACCAGACCCCGCAGGACCUCCCCAGACCGCCUCCGGAUUCGCGGUGAUGGCAGCCUCAGUGUCCUCUGUCCACUGUCUCCUGUUCUUAAAGCACACCCCCAUGGUACCGAAGCCACGUUGUUCACACAUCAAGCCACGUAAUCACCCACCCAGACGCCAGGAAGGCUGUGGAACCGCCAAAGUGGCAAGUGGUCAGACUGAAGCCACACCUAAGUACCUUAUCUAAGGGCUCUUGAGGCUUGUCGUGGAAUUCCUGGGAGACAGGUCAAUUUUGAGCCUUGAAAGUCCCUGAUACUUAGCGAUGGUAGUGGGAGAAGACGUGACUGAAGAACCCAGUCUCAAGCACAAGCUUUUGAAGGUUUCUCUGUCCCCCACCGAUGCCUCCUGCGUGCGCUGAGAUCUCCCUCCCUGGUCUCCUUAAGUGCAGGCUCUCCUCCUGAGCUUGCCCUUCCCAGACCUGAACUGGGAGAAGUUCAGUACAGGAGCAGGCACAAGACCUUCUGGCUUUCGAAUUUCAGAGACCCCAGUGGCAUGUAAAAACUCUGGAGGAGAGAGCUAGGCCUGGCUCUGCAGCCUCCCUAGCUUGGCUCCCCACCACGCUGGGGUGACAUACAGCUUGUUGUCUCAGCUUCCCAUCCAGUAGGUAGAGUGAGUCUUCUGUACAUACACGCACAACUUAUGAACACACAUUUCAGUUAGAGGCUGGAGAAAGUGAGAGGUGGGAUGGGGCUUGCAGUGUGUUGGAAAUGCGAAUGAUGAUACAACUGUCAGGAGGUGGAGAGUUCCUCCUGGGGUUUCCCUGUGGAAGGUGUCAGUGCAGCCGUGGCUUGCUGUGUAAUUUUGCCCUCGUGUGUACUGUAUACUUUUAUACAGGAUUGUGCUCUUUUAUCAAGAACCUGUGGAAAUAAAAUGUUCUAGGAUCA